AUGGCUAAGAAAAAGGUGGGGAAGCAGCGGAAGGAUAAGUUCUAUCAGUUAGCCAAAGAAACAGGCUACAGGUCACGUGCUGCGUUCAAGCUAAUACAGCUGAAUAGGAAAUAUGAGUUUCUGGCCAAAUCCAGAGUUUUGGUCGAUCUUUGUGCCGCCCCUGGAGGAUGGAUGCAAGUGGCGUCACAGUUCAUGCCUGUAUCGAGUUUGAUCAUUGGUGUGGAUUUGUUCCCCAUCAAGCCAAUUCCACGCACUGUUUCGAUCCAGGCGGAUAUCACUACAGAAGCGUGUCGCCAGAAACUCAGGAAGGAGCUUCAGACAUGGAAGGCCGACGUGGUACUCAAUGAUGGAGCCCCGAACGUGGGUAGGAAUUGGCUGCACGAUGCGUUCAAGCAAAAUGAGCUCGUGCUGUCAGCUCUCAAACUUUCCGCCGAAAUUUUGAACAAGGGCGGUUGGUUUGUCACGAAGGCGUUUCGUUCGAAAGACUACACGAAGUUAUUGUCAGUGGCCGGGAAAUUGUUUGAUCGUGUACACGCCACGAAGCCGCGGGCAUCUCGGUCUGAAUCAGCUGAAAUUUUCGUCGUUUGUCAAGGGUUCCUUGGGGCGGAGAAAUUAGGACCUGAUGUUUUCGAUCCAAAAGUGGUCUUCAAAGAUGAGACGACUGUGACAAAGCAGAAAUUGGACUUAACGAAGCCUGAAGGCAGAAAGGCGAAGAAGCCCAAAGCUGAGGGUUAUCCUGAAGAUCAGCCAUAUGUCAUAUAUUCUCGUGUACCGGUUCUUGGACGUGCUGAGUUCCGCACCCUGCUGAAUUGGCGCAAGAAACUACGAUUGGAGAAAGAAAAGCAACGGAAAGAAGCAGAAGCGGCUGAUGCCCCUCAAGAGGAACCGAAAGAAGAGUCGGAAGAUGAAGAAGAAAAACUGAAAAAGGAGAUAGAAUCGCUCCGAGAAGAAGAACGAAAAGCUGCCAAACGCAAGUUGAAGCACCUCCGGAAAGUCAAGCGUGAGCAUCAGAAAAAACUCGACGCCAAAAUUGUUCUAACCAACGAAGAAGCAGAAUGGGACAUGGAAGUCGACGCGGAGUUGUUCAAGAUCAGCGCGCUUCGUCUCCGUCGUGACGCGGACAACUUGGCUGAAAUCGACGUCGACAAAGCUGCCGACGAAUUAAGGGACAGUGAUGAUCCCUCUUCCUCGGAUGAGGAAGGGGUCUAUGUGCCCAAAUCUAACCGUGUUCGAGUACCUGCGAACCAGUUGGACGAGAGAUAUCUCAGUGAACAUCGGUCUGACGAAAGUGAAGAUGACGAUGGAAGCGAUGUCGACGAAGGGUUGGGAAUUGAAAAAUCAGAAGACAGUGAAGACGAAGUUGACCUUCCGGAGGAUGAAGACGAUCUCGAGCGGAAUCCGAUGCUUGUCGACCUAAUGCCCGGCUCCAAAGAAGAAAAAAGGAAGCGAAAAGCGGACGAUUGGUUCAGUCGGUUGAUCGAUUUUCAAGUGGAUACUUCUGAACGGGUUCGAGCUACCGAAGAAUUGAGCUUGUUGGAUUCUUUAGUAGCACGUCCAGAAGCUGCAAAGAAAACAAAGAACUUAGCUGACGCAACUCAGAAAGCAGUUGAAAAGUACGGCUUUGAGGAGGUUCCCGUCCAACCCCUACCUGGAGUUGAUGAUGAAGAAUCUAGCGAUGGAGACGACGACGACGACGAGGAUGAAAAAAAGUCCUUGAGUAGAAAGUCGAAAAAACGGAAAAAUCGACAAAUGGAAAAAGAAAAUGGGGAGCCUGAAAUCGACGAACCGGUGAAGAAGAAAAAGAAAAUACCUAAACUAGAUGCCAAUGGCAUGGCAAUCGGAACAAUGCUCAUCAAAAGUGCAAAAGCUCGUAGAGAUUUGAUGGAUGCUAGUUGGAAUCGCUAUUCUUUCCACGAAACUGAAGGACUGCCCGAAUGGUUUGUGCAAGACGAAGAGAAGCACAUGCGCAGGCCUGUCCAACCCCCGCGGGAAGUAGUGGAGGAGUACAAGCAGAAGUUGAAGGAAAUUGAUGCUAGGCCGAUAAAGAAGGUCGUCGAGGCCAAAGCCAGGAAGAAGAGGCGUGCGAAGUUGCGUCUGGACAAGGCUCGAAAAAAGGCAGAAAACGUCACCGAAAACUCGGACAUGACGGAUCGUGAGAAAAAUAGUACUAUCAAACAAAUCUACCGGAAAGCUCUGACGGAGAACACGAAAAAGAAAGAAGUCAAGUAUGUCGUGUCCCGGAGAUUUUUGGCUAAAAAAGGCAUUCGUCCUCCUGGUAUGAAGGGUCCUUACAAAGUCGUCGAUCCUCGCAUGAAGAAGGAUAACCGAGCACAGAAGAAAGUUGAACGCCGCCAAUGGAACAGAGCAAAAGCGAGGCAGCGGAAGUGAUUAUUUGGGACAGGAAAAAAAAUCGUUCUUGUUAUGGAACUUGGUUCAUUUGAGUCAGUCGGCAUUUUCGACUCU